AUGUUACUUUCACAUCCUAAACUUGCAUUUAAUUCAAAAAUAUGUUAUUGGUGGCGCCAAUCCUCGAUAAUAUCUCGCAAAUUAACGUCCGCUACUGGAUCAAGUACUAUAGGAUUAUUAGAUGAAAUACCAGUAAAUCCGGAAUAUUCCACUUAUAAAAGAUACAAUGCCUCACAACUAACCAGCAGAACAACUCCUCCGAAAUGCGCUCAAAUGCUAGUUCGAGAUUUUAUCGAUGAUUCAUUAUAUAAUCCAAAUUAUGGGUAUUUUUCAAAACAAGCAAUUAUUUUCUCUCCUGAAAAAGAAUUUGAAUUUAAUAAUAUUAAAGAUAAUUUGGAGUUUAUGAACUUGGUGGCAAAAAUAUAUAAACAACUCGAAGUGCCUUUAGAUGUAACAAAUAAAGUGUCUAGACAAGUUUGGCAUACUUCAACUGAAUUAUUCAAGCCUUGGUAUGGUUAUGCAAUAGCAAAAUACGUAGUCACUGAAUAUAAAUUAAACGGUUAUCCUUCACAUGAUUUAAUAAUUUACGAACUUGGGGCUGGUAAUGCAACUUUAAUGCGUAACGUCUUGGACUAUAUACAAAAAUUCGAGCCAUCUAUUUAUAAAAGAACAAGAUAUAAAAUUGUAGAAAUUAGUUCGAAAUUAGCUGAAAGACAACUUCAAAAUCAGGAUCUUCAAAAUAAUAAGAAUGUACAUGAUUGUGUUGAAAUUAUCAAUAAGAGUAUUUUUGAUUGGAAUGAACUUGUUACCGAUCCCUGUUAUGAUAAUUUCGCUCAUGAUUUAAUUCGCUAUGACUGUAUCUCUGAAAACCCCUACCAAGCUGUUGUAAUGAUAGAUGACAAAGGUGACUUUGAAGAAAUAUAUGAACCUGUUGGCGAUCCGUUAAUCAUUCGCUAUCUUGCUCUUCGUAACAAAACUUUUUAUAAAACUCCUGCACUACAAAAUCGUUUUUUCCGACAAUUACGCAACAAACUUCCUUUUUCUCCAAAUAUGACCUCUCCAGAGUUCAUUCCCACUAAAGCAUUAUUGUUUCUCGAAUUACUAAAAGAUUAUUUCCCACAACAUCGUUUAAUAAUUUCCGAUUUUUAUAAACUUCCCGAUACGAUUCGAGGAACAGAUGCCCCUGUAGUACAAACACGUUACGAAGAUACAAUGGUACCAUGCUCAACUCUCAUGGUAUCUCCUGGCUGGUUUGAUAUUUUUUUCCCAAUUAAUUUUGAAUUAUUGAGAGAUAUUUAUCGUUUGGUUUGUCAUUCUGGUAAAGCUGAAGAGAAUAUUAGAAUUUUGUCUCAACGUGAUUUUUUAAAACGUUAUGCUGAUUUGGAAAGGACUAAAACUAAGAGUGGUGAAAAUCCUAUGCUAAU